GAACAAUGUCGACGACCUCUCGCUCCUACACGGCAAGCUUCGCCUUCCUCCUUGCCGCGGCUGUUAUUUUACUGGUAUCAUCGGGCUCCGGCGAGCUUCUCAAGUUCAGGGAAGCUCCGGCAUUUCGAAACGGCUGGGAAUGUCCCGAAACGUCAUGGUCGCCCUCCGACAAGCGAGUUCACAACCCUUCCGUUAUCCAUAUAGCCAUGACUCUCGAUGCCGCCUACCUCCGUGGCUCGGUGGCCGGCGUCUUCUCCGUACUUCGACACGCAUCUUGCCCGGAGAAUGUGGUUUUCCACUUCAUCACCGCCCCGCACAGCCAGUCUGAGCUCGACCGGAUUAUCUCCUCUACUUUUCCGUACCUAGACUUCUACUUAUACCGCUUUGACUCAAACGUCGUCAGGGGAAAGAUCUCGAAUUCUAUUCGCCGAGCUCUCGACCAGCCUCUCAAUUACGCAAGGAUGUACCUGGCCGAUCUCUUGCCGGCCGGCGUUCGCCGCAUAAUCUACUUCGAUUCCGAUCUGGUCCUGGUGGACGACGCGGCGAACCUCUGGAACAUCAAUUUGGGGGCGCACGUUUUGGGCGCGCCCGAGUACUGUCAUGCCAAUUUCACCAACUACUUCACGCCCAAGUUCUGGUCAAACCCAGUAUAUGCGGCGUCGUUUCGCGGCCGUAAACCUUGCUAUUUCAACACGGGUGUGAUGGUUAUCGAUCUGUGGAAAUGGAGGGAGGGCAGGUACACGGAGAAGCUAGAGACCUGGAUGAGGAUUCAGAAGAGGCACCGAAUCUACGAGCUCGGUUCGCUGCCGCCGUUCUUGCUGGUGUUCGCUGGAAACGUCGAGAGGGUAGAUCACAGGUGGAAUCAGCAUGGACUGGGCGGGGACAAUCUCCAAGGUUUAUGCAGAGAUCUUCAUCCUGGACCCGUGAGCCUACUACACUGGAGUGGUAAGGGGAAGCCAUGGCUGAGACUGGACGCCAAAAGGCCAUGCCCUUUGGACAGCUUGUGGGCCCCAUAUGAUCUGUUUCAUCGCUCUUUGUUGUUCUCUGAUAGCUUGAGGAGAACAGAUGAGCUUGUAUAAUCAAUACUUGGCUGUGCAGGGGAAGUAACAGAGAGGGCAAAAGGAAGAAACUUGACAGAACUGGUAAGCUAAUAUUAGCUUAAUACAGCCAUGUCAAGUUGAACAAAGGUGAUGGUAGCGGAAGAUACGAUGAGGUAGAGGGGGGAUGUUAUAUGAUGAUUGGUUGCAUGGCAUGUAUAAUAAUGAAUGACAAGACGAGAACAUGGUGCUGUGGUGCUGAUAUUAUAUUCUUCUCUGGGUUUAGGUGAAACAGAAGUGCUGAAAAAUGGCAAGUAUAUACGUUUUUGUUCCAUGUGAGAUCACAAAGGAUUUUAAAUAGCAUAGAGAAAUUGAGUUAAGGCGAGGCACAAGGGCGUGAUGUUUAGCGUCCAGAGUCUAUACUGUGAUUAAUUUAGAAUAUUCUUUUAGUCCUUGAAGGUAAUGCAAUGUUUAGGAUUUUGUUAGCUUGAAACUUUAUUUAUUAUUAUUAUUUUUUGGAUCUGAUGUAUUGAUAAUAUAUUUUUUUAAUGCAAAUCAACUACGGAUUUUUUUUGGGGCAAAAUAAUCAAUUACGGAACCUGAAUAUUGGUUCUGCUGACUGCUGUGGCUAUUUGAACUGUGAAUUUCUGUAUAGUCUUGUCGGAGGAAUUUCUUCACUUCUAUUUCAUAUAUAUAAAAUCUCACAAUCAAUAUCAUUAUUAGAAAUCAUCAGUAUAUGUCCGGGUUGAAAGCAUCUUUCUCUUGUACUGAAUCUAGCAUGUUAUGGUUCAGUUUCAUUUGGUCUGUCAAGGUCGAACUUAAACUAUAUUAACGGAUUCUUAAUAUUUUAAAAGAACAGUGAUAGAAAAUAUGGGAAACAUUAUUCUAGAAAAAAAUAAAUUCUCUUUAUGUUAUUUUAAUAUUUUGUAAGAAGGGAAAUCUAUCGCCUAACUUUAUAUGAACAAGGUGUUAAGGUUUUCUUUUGUGUUCUUUUAUAAGAGGAAAUCUGAGAGUUAGCUUUAUAUGUAAAUGUAAUUAAAGUUUCCUUAUUUAUGCAUUAGAGUUUUGUUAAAUAGACUUGAUUGCACUUGUAAUGGACACACUUGAUGAAUGAAAUAUUGUGAUUGAGUUUCAGAAGCUCUCUCCCUCUCUCUCUGCGUUCUGCCUCUCCCCCUUGCUCCCCCACUGUUCUGUCUUCAUCUUCCUCAUUUCUUCCUCCUUAUUUCUGAUUUCUCUCUACUCAGUCCCUCUGUUCAGCACCGUGCAAGUGUGUGUGACAUCAAAUAGAGUCCUGAGAAAUUAUGAAAUUGAAAAGAAAUUAUAUCCUGAGAAAUUAUGAAAUUGAAAAGAAAUUAUAGCUUGAAAAGUUGGUAUCAAGCCAAAUCUUGCCAAUUCUUGUUGACUUUAACAAUUCCUGGGAUUGGUUUUUUGGGUUGACUGGAUGGUUUUAUUCUGCGGAAGUUGAGGAAGGAAUGCUUUUGAGUAGGUUGGAAAGUUAAAUUUCCUGGAAAUCCUCUUUGAUGAUGCUAGAUAUUUUAUGUGAACCUGUCGAAAAAAUAGGUACUUGAUGUUUUUCAAUUAAAUAACGUCUUUGUGUGUACUUAGGAUUCUUGGUCAUGCAUAAACGUAUAGCGUAGUUCAUAUGUCUUAUCUAGAUUACUGUGAUCCACGUAUGUGAAGUUGUGAUUCAUGUUCUAGAGGAUCAAAAUGGGGUCCUGUAACUAGUUUCCCAGUGUGUAUAUAUUUAGCCCAUGUGGUCAAGGAAAUGGGAUAUAAUCGAGUUCUGCAAUUUUCUCCACAUAUUGUUUUUUUUUUUUUUUGCUUCUCUCCCUUCCAAGUAAAGUCAGUAAAUUAAUUACUCUUUCUCCCCACUCCCCCACCCUCCCAUACUAAUUCUUGUCUUAAGAUUCUUUUUCUACUUCGCAAAAACAUCAGCGAACAGAUGAAAACUAUUUUUCUUGUCAGUUUCAUCGUUGAUCCUCUGAGUUUUGUUCUCUUGAACAAAUAUCCUUCUUUCAAACUAUCUGCAGAACUAAGCCGAGAAAGAUGGUGUUCAGGAGUUUGAAGGGCGUCUCUGAAUCGUCUCCAUUUAUUCUUUUCAAAAGAGAACAAUUCAGGAGAUCAUUACUGUGGAUAUUAUCACUAUGUGUUGGAUCCACACUGUAAUUAUACUAAUUCAUUUUUUCAGUCUAUCUCCCUGCAGAACUCAGGAUCUGAUGCUGACUGAGUAGAGAUUUUUCCAUCUGAUGCUGGUAGUCUCUCUAAUCCAUUUUCACUUUUUAAACUGUGACUCCCACCACCGGCUCGUUAAUGUUCUUCUGAUAACUGCUGUGACAUGUAUUAAAAGUGAUUCUGUGUGAGGUCCAGGAUUUGACCAAGGCGUUUGAAAGAGAAAAUUGAAUAGGUCAAACACUAUUGAGGCAUCUCAUUGUGCUUGGAGAUGCUAGGUUUCAGGAUCAUUGUCAUUGAAGGUAAGGAUUGCAUUUGACUUCGUCUGAUCAAAUUCAAGGUCCGAAGGAGCGGAUUGAAUGUAUGCCAUAUGCUUCUAUGUUUAUAAUGGAAGAAAGGUAAGCCUUGAAGGAGGAGGCUGGGUAUAAUGCAAGUAGUUGUGCCAUCAUUUUUUUUUGACUUGAUUGUUGCUUCUAUGUUUAAGUUUCCUUCUUGUAUGGAGAAACUAAAGAUUUAAAAUAAAACAUAAACAUGGGGUAAACAGGUGUACUCUUUAUAACAGAUCAAGAUUUAGUAUGUGCUGCCAAGUGACAGGCCGUUUGUGUUU